GUCGCGUUUUUCCCCUCGCCGAGCUCACUCUCUCUCAUCCUCUGACUCUCCGCGCGCUCUCUGGCUUAAGUGGACAGUCCAGACCUCUCCUGUCUUUCUCCUCUUCUUCAUUCCUUUGUCUGUUAUUUCUUUGCAUCUUUUCCCUUUAUCUGUUUUGUUGUUUUAACAUUUCCUCCUCUUUCAAGCCCCCAUGUGCCAGGGGCAUUAGUGGGGGUCCCAGAGAGAGUGUGAGAGUGUGUAUGCGUGUGAGUGUGAGGUUUCGGCAUGGAAGCGGUGGCACUUUACACGUUUCGUGCCACAGAGGGUGAUGAACUCAGUUUUAACAAGGGAGACUUGCUAAAGAUCACCAACAUGGAGGAUGAUCCUAACUGGUACACAGCUGAGCUCCACAAUAGGAAAGGCUUUGUACCAAAAAACUACAUCAACCUGCGGCCACACGCCUGGUUUGCCGGUCGUAUAUCUCGCGGUGUGGCAGAAAGUCGACUGAAACACAGAGAAUGCGGGGCUUUUCUGGUCCGAGAGAGUGAGAGCGCCCCUGGAGAGUUCUCCAUGUCCGUAAGUUAUGGGGACCAUGUUCAGCACUUCAAGGUGCUGCAGGACCGCAGCUGUCAGUACUACGUGUGGGACGAGCUCUUCUCCUCUCUCAACGAGCUGGUGGAGUUCUACCAUAGCAACAGUAUCGCUAAGGAGAGGACCGUCUUUCUGAGAGACCCCGAGCACUUCGCCAGGCGUCCCCAUCAUGCCCACGCUCUCUUUGACUUCACCCCCCACCACCCGUCGCAGCUACGCUUCCUGCGCGGUGAUGUCAUCGAACUCAUGGACUGCUCUGAUUCGCAGCGCUGGAGGGGCCGUUGCCAUGGACACGUGGGCCACUUCCCCCCGGAGUACGUCCAGCCCAUUUACCACUGCCAAUGACGUGACGUGUCAAUCAAACACAAACGCUCCCACAGGUGUCAUAAAAGGUCUUAACCCCGCCCCCUCACACCGCUCACCUGCUGUGUCCAAUCACUGACGAGGAACAACUGAACUGCUCAUUAUGUCACAGAUUCCUUCCAUUUCCCCUGUGAUGCCAUCUGUCAAUCACAAGCCUCGUCCAAUCAGCUGCUACGAGCUCAUCAAUCACUUCCACCUGAUCCCACAACUAAUCUUAUAUAAAACAAGAAGAUUUGGACCUAUACACUGUGGAGAACUCUCACACACACACACCAAUGGACAAACCUUCACACACACACACCCAAGGCAUAAUCGUUUAUAAGAGCUUAUCAGCCUAGGUGCAGGCUUAGUGAAAGCAACACACACCUGAUGAGGAAGGAAACAAGUGUUUGGGAGGUUGUGAAGGAAUUGGCGAGGUUUUUCUCCGCUGAAGAUGCCUCAGGAUUUGCUCCAGUUGUUGGCACCAUUCCCAUGAAGAGAUCUAGCAGAGAGACACAGAGGGACAUUGUGUUGGGAAUAUUUGGGCCACACACUCUGAGGAUACUCACAAAGCCCUCUCUCGCUGUGCAGGAGUGUGUGUGUGGAGGGGUUUGUGUGUGAAACGUGGGUCUGAACACAUGGAAACCUGCAAACUUUAAGUAUGUUUACCGUGUGCUAAAGGGAAAGCGAAUGCAUGUGUGUGUGAGUUAGUGUGUGUGGAGCAGUGAAGGUUACUGAGUGACCAGAAGACACUUUGUUUAAAAUACAGCUUCAAAUGUACUAUGCUCAAUUAGUUUAUGAAUAAUUUGUUUGCUGUUUGUUUGUAUUUAUUCUUAUUCAUGUGUAAUCUUAGAAUACAUAUAUUACAAGUAAGAUUAAACAUUGUAAAAAAGGUUUUGUUUCUGUGCCAACAAAUAGUUUUUAUGUGAUUUACGGUAACAACUUGGACCGAUCUUCCUUAACAUGUAAUGACAAAUCAUUUCAAUAAAGUG